UAAAGGUGAGAUAUGAAAAAAAGGAGAGAAAUUAGAGUAUUUUUUAGAGAAUAGGGACCCUUUAAUAAAGAACAGAGAAGAGUAUUUAACAUGAUUAUAGAUAGAUGAGAAAAAAAACAAAAAAAAUGAUAAGAAAUGAGACUAAAAUGAUUAUUUCAGGACCUAUUGAUGUAGAAACAAAUCAACGUGGAGUAUUUCCAGAAUUAAUAGAAUUGAAUGAAUCAUCAGAAAGUGACGAUUCACUUCCUCUUGAUGGCGUUUCGUAUUUGAAGAAAGUGCGUAUAGAAGCGAAGCAUAGACCAAUUAUUAAGGCGGUUGAAGCGCCUCCAACAGCAAUGACAAUAACACAAAUAUCAGAACCAAAAAUAAAUAAUAAAGCAGAAGAGAUAUACUCAAGUGUUUGGGAGGAAAAGUUUUUAAAGAGUUUUAUAAAACUGCGGAGAAACCUUAAUUUGCAAACAAAGUCUGUUAUAUUAAGACCAUUACCAAAAGAUAAAAUAGAAUGGCGCCGAUUAAUUUUGGAAGAAUUAGAACCCCCUAGUAUAUCAUUACUUAACUCUAUUAAUCAAUGUACUGCUUUAAAUUUAUUAAAAUGGAAUACAGAAUGGUUUUCAUACAAUAGUCCUGAACAACAAAUAAUGUGGAUAUUUUUUCUUCUUAUAAAAAUAGAUAUGGUUAUGACAUCAGAUGAACUCAGUAUUUUAAGAGAACUUUGUAAAAAAUGCUUAUUUCUUAGAAAUUCGAAAAAAAACCUACCUUUACACAUUCAAUCCAAUAUAGAUAUGGUUAUUUCAAUUGUUGGAAAUAUAUUUGGUCAAAAAGACUUACUUUUAAAUAAAUUUUAAUAUAAAAAAUUACUAUUUAAGUAACUUAUCAAAAAUG